UAAGAUAGGUCAACCAUAAUUUAUUGACUAAAGCUAUUCUUGUUCAAACUUGCAAUUCGAUUAGGAAUUUCCAAGAAAUUACACUGCUUUGGUGCUUGUCUUCUUCCUUUAACUUUAAUUAGGCUAAAAGAAGCAGCGACCACAACCCAUAUACUCUACUGUAAAGAGAGAUGGCGAGUGCAAGGCUUGGAGAUAUUACCGGCGUGAAAGAAGAGGUCGUGAAGAAAGCAUGUUCCACGGCCAUGAAAGCACAAAAGUCACCGGAAAAGUUGUAUUUUGUUGACAAGUCUCGUGGAUCAUCCGAAGUGGUUUUCGGCUUUCCGGGUUCUUGGUCCGCCGGUGAUUGGUUUUCCCGGAAUCCUUUCGGGGAAACUAAGAUCGAUCAACUGGAAUUGUUCUGUCCCACAGGCAACGACAAAGUGGCAACCUCUCUUAGAAGCAUCGGAACCGAUGAACUGGCAACAGUUAAUCAAGCUUUUCUCAACAGAUUCGAGUCAAUUUUGUCGAAUUAUUCCCUUCAGAAUGAGGUGGAAAAAGCUUUGGGAGAAAAGAAGCAGAUAGUAUUCACAGGGCACUCGUCAGGUGGUGCCGUUGCUAUGGGAGCGACAGUGUGGUUCUUGGAGAAGUACCUAAAACCGGAGAACACCCGGAUGCCACCUUUUUGUGUAACUUUUGGAUCGCCGCUUGUCGGUGAUCGUGUGCUUAAUCAUGCUCUCCGGCGAGAGAACUGGUCGCAGUUCUUCCUCCAUUUUGUCAUGAGAUAUGACAUUGUUCCCCGUAUCCUCCUUUCUCCUUCCUCUUCCAUAGAACGAGAAUUUCAGCAGUGUCUCAGUUUCUUAAACCCGAAAAUUACAAUUUCUACACAAGAAUGCAUCAAAGAAGCAUCGGAGUUCUUUGUAGCUGUGAUGAGAAAUGCAUCGAUGGUAUCAAGCCAUGCUGCCUGUCAACUAAUGGGAAACACCAAUCCUUUGUUGGAAACCGUGGCCAACUUUGUUGAGCUCAGCCCUUACAAACCCUUUGGAACCUUUGUCUUUUGCACUGGAAAUGGGAAACUGGUGGUUGUGAAGAACCCAGACGCUAUUCUGCAGCUAUUGUUCUUCUCUUUGCAGUUAAGCUCCGAGACUGAAGUUGUAGAGAUUGCCUGCAGAACCCUCACGGACCAUUUCAGUUAUCAAAAUGAGCUGCAAGAAAGCUUAAAUAUGCAAAAUGUGACUUACUUGGACAGUUUGGAAGGGCUUCCAUUGUCCUCAGAUGCCACAGAUGCCGAGAGCAUGAUGAUUGAUCUGGCCUUAAAUGACCUUGGCUUGAGCACUAGAGCCAGGUUGUGUCUUCGUGCUGCAGGAGAGGCAGAGAAGCAAAAACUAAGAAACCAGAAGAGGAUAGAAGAUAAGAAGACCGAGAUUGAAAAAGGACUUGCAAUGCUGGAAGAAUACAAAACCAGGUGUGAGGCUCGCAAAGUGGGCUAUUAUGAUGCCUUUAAGAUUUCAAAGAAUGUAGAUGAUUUCAAUGCAAAUGUAAAGAGGCUUGAACUGGCAGGAAUAUGGGAUGAAAUUAUUGAAAUGUUGAAAAGGGACGACCUACCAGAUGGAUUUGAGAGCCAAAAAGAUUGGGUACUACUUGGAACCAGGUACCGCCACAUUGUUGAACCUCUGGAUAUCGCCAACUACUAUCGUCAUUCCAAAAAUGAAGAUACAGGACCCUAUUUGAUGAGGGGCAGACCAAAGCGCUACAGAUUCACCCAGAGAUGGCGAGAGCACGCUUUAAGAAUGCCUGCCGGAUCAAGUUCAGAGUCCUGUUUUUGGGCGGAGGUAGAGGAGCUUUAUAUUAGUAGCCAGGGAGCAUUUGAAGAUGUGAAAGAAAGAAUCUUGAUCUUAGAAAUGAAAGUAGAGGAAUGGAUUCGUAAUGGUGAGCUAGGCAAAGACGUGCUUCUGGAGGACUCAACCUUUGUCAAGUGGUGGAAAACAUUACCUCAUCAACAUAAAUCGGUUUCACGAGUGAAAGGUCUAAUAAAUACUUGAAUGACGGCUUCUAAGCAUUUGAUUGCUGCUCAUACCUACAGCAAUCACACAUGAUAUUAAGGAAUAAUAUUCAACAUUUUUUUUAGUUAUAUGAAUAAUAUUCAGCUUUAAUGUAAGCUAAAUGUAGUGGUGUAAUUAGAUCCAAAAACACAGUUGAACUUCUGAAUGUCUGUGCAGACUGCGCUAAUCCUAGUGGGAAUAGAGUUCAGAGAUUAAAGAUUAGUACUGUACGAACGGUUAACAGUGCUGUACAAGCUUCAAUGUUUAACUUGGAUCAAAUCAGUUUCUUGAAACACCGAGCGGGUAUAAUGAUUGU